ACUAAUGAAACGUGUGUAAUUGGUCAAGAUAAUAAAGACAAGCAAAGCCUGUUAAAGAACAAAAAAGACGACCGUAAAAAGAAGAGUAAAUUAGAGGUUGUUGAUGACUCUUUGGAAUUUAUAGAUCUUAACACUCUACCUUCAGAUAUGACAGAUAUUAUUGCACUUAUUGCGAAACGCCAUCAGAAGGAAAUGAUUAUAAAAGCUUCGAAUUAUGUGUAUGGUGCUACGCUCAUCAAUUUCCAAGCUAUCAUGAGCACCCACGAUGUUCUUUUGCAUGUCAAUCCAGGCAUUGAUCUGACGAGCGAAAAUGUGCAACUAGAUAGUGGCAUGGGAUAUCUUUAUUUGCAAGCGUGGAACUCGCGUAAAAUCUGCGGUUUUUGUAAUGAUGAUGAUGAUCAGCAGCUUGGUGGAUUCAUAGGGCCUCAACCUUUUGUUACCAAUACUUAUACACGUCACG